AAGGAGAAUGUCAAGACAGCACACUUGAUGGUUUUUCAUGAGUAUUUAAUGAAUGGGAUUAACAGCGACUUGCGAAAGUCGCGUGCAGUGGGAGGAGCCUUUCCCCGCGUUCAAUCAAGAUUUCUCUCAAGGACCACAUUUAAUAUAUUAUUAGUGAUCUAUGGGAUCCCCAGAACAUCUUUCACCUGUGUAAGCGACGCUAAGCGUGAAGAACAUCUCCCCCUGAUUUCACGGGAUAAUAGCUAUCUACUUGCAUAUUGAAGACAAGGUUACUUGUGACAACUUCUAUUGCACAGCAGAAUCUUUUUUUUUAAUUGAAGAUAUAGUGUCCUUGUCAGAAGCAGACAAUCGAUGAGAGAGGAAUCGUUGAGGAAUGUCAUCUUUAGUUGAAAAUUGUAGCUCGCGCGAGUACCCCUCGGCGGUAGACAAAUUGAACUAUCCAAGUAAAAUUCUGAGCAUUCAUACCAACAACCACCUUAACUUCAAAGUUGACGCUCAAGGCACCUUACAGGCUGAGAAAGAAACCGAUGCCGAUAGCGGCUGUAACGAGAGCAUAACCUCUCCCACAAAAUCAGACGACACCCUGGAAGGAAAACAGGACAGCAAGCUCGAGUCUUCGGAAGAUUCCAAACUUCUCCGAGACAUCCUGCAAAACAAGGAAAAGGCCAUGGAAAACAACAAUAUUGAAGAACCCCGAAUCCCCGAGAGCGCAGAUAGGAAAAAAUCAGAAGGUCACAUGAUGAAAAAUAUAAUAUCGUCCUUCAGUCAGCAGCAAGAGGAUGACAGGACUUCCCUGCACUCAGACUCGGGAGAUGAGAGUGAUUACGGAAGCUCAGGAGAACCAAUGGUUAAUGGCGACGACUUAGACGACGGGAAUGACAACGAUAGCGCCAGUGACAACGGUCUGUACGGACAGGAAGACAGUAAGGAGGCCAAGCGGGCGAGGGUCGAGAAUAUCCUAUCGAACAUGCGCCCAGCCUCACGUGGCUCUGGAGAUCAGCUUGGACUUCCCCUUCAGGAGGUCCGCCGCCAAAAACGUAAACAGAAUCAGCCUACACAACACGAACCUAACUGGGCUGACCCGUCUAGUCCGAAGUAUCGCCGCAUGGAAGAAAGAAUGGCACUCCAAGAACAGCUUGUCAAACUGCAACAACAAUUGCACCUCGUCCAGAAACGCUACGUGGAGCUAUACGACGAGGACCAAGAUGGAGAAAAUAACGUACGUUUUAGUGGAAGAGAUUACUUUGUUGAAAGAAAUUUUCCGGAGAGAAGUAUCCUUGAUGUCCCCAAAGUUAAGGAUGUCAAAAAUCUUCAAACGCAAGACAAGUCAAUGAAGAGUACACCAAGUAUUUUGGAAUCGCUCUCUAGCCCGAAAUGUCUUCAAGACAGUGACAAAAAGAGUGAAAAACAGAACAUUCCAUUACAAAAACUUGAUAUAGAAAAUUUAUCUAAUUCACUAAAAAGUGGAUUGUCUAACAUUCUUACUCAAACUGUUGAUGACAUUGUCCAAAAAUAUAUUCAGGAAAGAUCUGCUAAGCUUAUUGAAAAAGAGCGUGAGAAGAAGAGGAAGGAGGAAGAGGCAAUGAAAGAAGCAAAACAAAAGGAAGAAACACGACAAAGACACCCAGAUCUCCCUCUUAAUCCAGGAUUACUUCCCCUUCGAGAUCCAUUUCCCGAUCUAAGACAUGACCAUAUUGGACACAUGGCCAGGAUUUUGGAAAAGGCUAGUGCCUUCGAUGCACCUCGGGGAGUACCACACGAUUUACACCGACCACCCCACCACUCUCUGCCUUUUCCUAUACCCUUUUCCUACUUCCCGCCACAAAUGAUGCACCCGCCAUCGUUGUACAGCUGUGCACCACCUUCAAUCACUGAACCAGAACAGACUGAGGCCCUUCCUCUAGUAGUGAACGGUUCCAGUUGCACCCCCAAAAAGAAGCGCACAAAAGUUACAGACACUAGACUCUCUCCUCGUGCAGCCCGUGCCUUACUAGGCCAAGACCCCAAUCACCUCAACCCAGCCGGCGAGAUGGAUCGCCACCCCCCAACCUCAUUCCCAACCCUCAUUCCUCCGGUCCUUCCGACCAGUGUGGCUAUCCCUAACCCCAGUCUGCAAGAAUCAAACCUGAUGAGUUACUACAGGGACCACACGCCCUUCAGCGACCUAUCAAGUAGGAACCUUUCUCCAAUGCACAGGGACAACUACUCGCCGAGCACCGCACCCUCACCGGCCGACAGCCUUAAUACCAUGAUGAAGUUCGAAUCCAUGGAGAGUGGCUCUGACAGCUACGACAACCCAAGUAUGCAAAUGAUAUCCUUUUUGAAAACACCAAAUCUUGACCAUUGGAAUGGUACUUUGACCCCUAUGCACCUGAGGAAAGCCAAGCUGAUGUUCUUCUAUGUGCGCUAUCCAAGCUCCGCCAUUUUGAAAGUGUACUUCCCGGAUGUCAAAUUUAACAAGAACAACACUGCACAACUCGUAAAAUGGUUCAGUAACUUCCGAGAAUUUUACUACAUUCAGAUGGAGAAGUACGCCCGCCAAGCCAUUGCAGAGGGCUGCAAGUCCAUUGAUGACCUAGUGGUGACCACAGAGUCCGAACUCUACAGGGUCCUCAACCUCCAUUACAAUCGGAAUAACCAAAUCGAGGUGCCCGAUAACUUUAGAAUUGUCGUCCAGGCCACACUUCGGGAAUUCUACAAGUCCAUCGUUGCCUGCAAGGACUCGGAACCCUCUUGGAAAAAAGCCAUCUACAAAGUCAUUGCAAGAAUGGAUGACAGUCUUCCGGAAUAUUUCAAAUCACCUAACUGGAUGGACCAGCUGGGAGAUAUGUAAAUUAAAACUUAGACAAUUGUUAUUCUUAUUAUUUGAAUUAAUUUUUUUUCUCUCAAUACCUUCUCUACAACGUUAUAAUAGUGCAAUAUUCCUAUCUUGAAUUCCAAACAUUUGUCAUUCCAAAAGACAUUUUAUUGGUUCAUAUAUACCUAUUGUUUUGACUUUUUCCAGUGCUAUAUAAUUUAUUUGUUAUUGUUCAGAUGUCAAAAUUUAAACUUGACAUUUAUAUGACAAUUAACAAGCAUGGUUUUGACAUUCCAUUUGCAUGAUGUACACGAAAUCCAGCAACCUCCACCAUUUUUUUUACUCCUAUGUGACAAUACGGCGAGCUAUAUACAAGAGGAAUGCUCAUAGAGUACAAUCUAGUCAUAAUCUCAAACAAUAUUAAUCCCGUAGUUAUAUUUAAACCAUUCUUUUUUUUACAUUAAUGUGCAAUGUUCAAAUUCCAACUUUGAUUAUUAUGUAUGUUGAUAGAACACAUGUCUAUGAUCGUAUAAUUGAUGUGCACUAGAUUCGCAAGAUGUGCUAUUUUGGAGACAUACAGGAUGUGUUCGGAGACAUUCCUUAAUUGUUCUACACUCAUGCACAAAUUUUCCAUGAUUCUACAAUUUUUUCCUAUUUAUCACCAUUUUACAUUUUUUUUUUUGUCUUUAAUGAUUUGUCGAUGUUUUACAAAACUAGUCAAUAAUUAGCGAUAUGAGAUUAUUGUCUUCUAUUAUUAUCAUCAAUUUAAUCAUGUAUUAUUGAAGGCGAAAUUUGAUUGGCAGCUUCAUACCUUACCUUUUUGUCAUCAUAAAGAAAUAACCAAUCAUUUUGUUCCUUUUUUGUACACGCCUUCUUACAUGUGUACUCAUAUAUGAAUAAUUCCAUGCAACAAAACUGACAAUGUAAAUAUUUUUUUGAUGAUGUUAUAAUCAUUAUUAUUUUUUGUGCAAGGUUGUUUCGUUCUUUGACUUUUCCAGUAUUGAGAUGUACAAAUGUACUAUAGGCGACAAGUGUUUUAUAUGCAGUAUGUUAAGUUGGUUUAAAUUUAAAAGUAUUCUUGUAUUCGCUGUAGAGUAGUUACAAUAAAAUAUUCAGACCAAUGAA